AUGCUCACAUUAGUACUGCUCAUGUAUGUAGCCAUACCUCGAGUGGAAAUACGUCGGAAUCAGGCGCGCGCCGCGCCUGAUCUUCCUGACUUUGGCUAUUCCCUUAUCACUCAGUCAGUCACAUUGCCUCUGCAUCACGCAAAGCCUAGGCGUCAUUGGAUAUAA